AAACCCAAAAUAAAACAUUUCACUAACGACAGCUGCCGGAGAUAAUAAAAGAAUCUCCAUUAUUAUACUCAUAUAAUAGUGCUUUGCUACUGCAUCUCCAUUAUUCUCUUUUUUAUUUAAUAAAUUACAGAAAAAAAAACAAUUCUUGAUAUUGGUACCAUCGAUCUACUUUGAUCUGUGUAGAGAAACCAAGAAACAAAUUCCCCUGAAACAUUCUACAUAUUUCUUGAUUUUUUUUUUGAUAAAUAUUUGUGGGUUUUAAAGAUGAUGAAAUGGAGGAGAAGCAGAAGGUGAAGAAAGUGGAAAUGGCAAGAGGGAAUUGGAUGUCAUAUAAGAGAACAACAAUUGUUAUUUGUUCAAUCAAUAUUUUUGUUGCUCUUUAUGUGCUUCAUUCUCUAUAUACUUCUGUAUAUAUGUACCCAUUCAGUGAUACUCAAAAAGCUUUUAAGUAUACCCCACAGCAGAUUAGGAAAAUGGAAGAGUCAAUUCAAUUGCGGAAACAACUAGAACCUGUAGAACUUAUUAAUGUGGUAAAUUUCUUAAAGAACAAACUUUCGAUGGAUGAAAAGGUGCAGCAAAUACCGGAACAUAUUAAACAGAAGAUAACAGAUGAGAUACUAGUAACUUUAAAAGGCGUGAAUGCUAAUGAAGAUGCGACCAUGCUACGAGAUGCGGUGGAAAGUUGGCGGAGAGAAAAAUUGAAAGAAACCACAGAACUUAUUCAUGAGAAGACAUCAAAUUCAACUAUUUCCCUAAAGGAGGCUAGAUUACUUUCACGAGCUUUGAGCGACAACUGGGCUGAACUGGCAGAAGAAAUUGGUCUCUGGAUACCUGUUCAGAUCGUCAAUACGGAACACGACGACAAACCUGAGGGUGAAGAGGAACUUGACUACGAAGUCAUAGCUGGCAAGCAGCUUCCUCUUCAGUGUCAUGCUGAAGUUCAUACUGAUUAUGGUGGCGAUGCUGUCAGAUGGGGCCUUACACAUCACAAAGAAACUGCAUACGAUUGUUGUAUGGCUUGUUUGGAUCAAGCUAAGCAAGCUGGACCUAACCAAAAGAAAUGUAACAUAUGGGUUUACUGCCCAUCAGAGACAGGAUGCCACUCUCCGGAUAUUUAUCAACACAAGCAUCAGGAGUGCUGGCUGAAAUAUGCAGAGAAUCCUAAAUUGAAUUUUAAGGACCGUUAUCCUGAAUCAUACAGAAACGCUCACCCAAAUGCACCAGUAAUUGUUCCGUGGAUGUCUGGUGUUGUUAGUGUAUAAUUUAUCACUAACAAAAUAGACGAUAAGCCUUGGGAUCUUGGUGCUUCCACGAUUUGAAGAUGUUGUGAUAGUUCGACAUUGAGGCAAGAAAACUCGGAUCAGUUUACUUGAUUUGCAGAUUCUAUGAGAAUACUGCUUCUGUUCUUGUUGUUUUACAAGAAAAUAGAAUUUGUACCAAAUAGAACCAGUUUUUUUUUAUGUAUUACACGGUGAUUAGUGCGGUCCUGGUAUCCCUAAGGAAGUCCAGUGCUUAGGACAUAACAUUUUUUGACAUUGUAAUUGUUAAUUUGAGUUUUCAGUUUAUGUCAAAAGUGGAUCUUAGCAACUUUUUUGGUCAAUUAUAAUCUAUCUAGGGUCUUUUGAUGAACUAAUUUUUUGGGCUUUCUUGAUGUAAA